AUGGCGAGCGCUACCCCAACGAUCAUAGCAGCUGUCGUAGGCAUCGUAGCUUUACUCAUAGUUAUUCUAAUCCCGACCAGCUUCUCUAGUGUGGAAUAUUACGAGGUAAGUAAAUUAAGCUCAGAGGUAUUCUUUGCACGAAAACAUCUUCGAUAACACAGCCUGACUUCGCUGGAAGCAGGAAAUUUUCGUUUUGUCCCGACGAAAAUUUUCGUCUUGAUUCUGUUUAGCUUUUGUGUUCUCUGAAAGUUUUUCUAUUUCGAAGCCUUUUUUUCGCAUUACACAGACCACAGGACUAAAAUCAUCCCAAAAUUAUACUUUUUUCAUAUACUUGUCGAGUUACGUUCAUGAGAUAAUUUCAAAUUCAGUAGUAUCAGCUACUUUGCAAAUCUUAGUUAAGCGGCAGAUUGUUCGUAUGCACGAAGCCACUGAAUCUUUUUCGUUGAAUCACGAUGAUUUUUUUUGUUUUCUCGUUGCUUAUAAAUAUAAUGGGAACGUUAGACAACCAUCUAAAUAUCAAACAUGCCAUGAUGACUCAAGUUCUGCCCGGGCUUCAUUACGAUAAGAGGGCAUUGUGAUAUCCGUUACUGGAAAGAAGGCAUGCAAUAAAUAUACGGAAUAACUUCAGUUUCUGAAAGAAACAGAUGAAAUAGAGGUGAAAAUGGAAUCUAUAUUUUGCUGCCUAUGCUAAGAAAGAUUUAAAAUCAGAAGAACCUCUAGGAUGACCUCAAUCUGGACAACUUACUAGAAAUGCAAAUUGAAUUUUAAGACUUUUACCGAUCGAGAGUUUGCCAGAAUCCUACAGUCCUUCCCGACCGCCUCACCUCUAAGUUCAAAGUACAACGUUCAAAUAAUGCAAGAAAUGCACUGAAACCCGUAACAUUAACACAAAACCAUCGAGACGAAACGACCGAAACGAGAAAACCUAUCGAAACAACCAAACCGAAACACCAAACCUCUUUGAUUACAUUACGGGCAAACAUAAAAUAUAAAGUUACGAUGGAGAAACGAAGUCUUCUUUUGACAGAUUGGAUAUGAAUCUCAUAAGUGUUUAUUAUAACUUAGCUCGUAAAUUUGUCUAAUCAAAUUCAAUUGCACGAGCGUGCUUCAUAUUCCUAUUGUGCACGCUCAUGACGUCAGCAAAUAAAUCCCUCGAGAAAAAAAAAUUCCCAUCGGGUUGAAAAUGUUAUAAAACAAUUGGUUCAUACGUCAGCUGUGCGUUCAUCGAGAUAUGAAGCACUUGGGAAGUUUGGAGAGCACUCAAGAAGCUAGAACCAAUUGUUAAUUUUACUGCGUGAUCGUACAUGCAAAGGAUUGACUCUUGUUUCCGCAUUAUGCGACGUGGUAUGAAAUAUAUUUGAGGCGGGGGGGGGAGGGGGUAAGUUUGGUGCUGAGUAAAAGUCAGUUUCUCUGCGAGGAAGGAAACAUCUUUUCAGAGUCAAAUUUUCAGUGUAACUCCUGAUGAUACGAUACCUCAAUUGAGCUUUUCCCUGUGUUGCACUAAUCUUAAUGUAAUGUUAUAUACAAGCAAAAGUGAAAAAAAUUUGAUUAAAUUAAGGAUGAUGAAAAUCAUAAAGCAAACAGUUAAAGUCAUUAAUGUUAGAACAUUGGGAGAAGAUUUAAUUUGGAAGAAUGCAUGUUUAUUCGUAACAUUUCAUAAAGCACAUUUCUCGUGCAGCAAGGAACGUUUGGACCGCGUUUCACCUCCUAUGUGAAAUUCCGGGCUCCGCCUCUUGCUCUUAAGGUCAAGUAGCUUUAUUGAUCGUCCAAGUAGUUGGACAAAUGCUUUCCAUCGUCAGCUUGUCACAGCACCUGAGUUUUCAAGUAUUCUUGAGAUGGAACGUGAUCUGGUACACUUGUGGUUUGGCCAUCCGUAGGAGACUGGUGUAGAGUAAUGAGGAUGUCUUAAGUAUAUAUUUAAAGUUCGACUCUUUAAAGAAACUCUGUUUCUCUGCUAUUUCAGUUUAUUCAUCCAAGGGAAACACCAAGUUUCUUUUUAUUCCUUAUUAGUAUCAUAUCGUUUGGCGAACAUGAAUUAAAGGGUUGGGCAGGAAACAAAAAAAUAGUUUUUUGCGAGAGCCCAUUACUUUUUGAAGUAGUCUGCCAGUUUGGCUGUUGAAUCAACGUUUAUUCCACGAGAACAAGAAAUGUAAAUAUGUAUAGGUAUUCACAUGACAUCGAGUGCAAUUUGGAAUAAAUAAGCACGAGUAAAUUUUUUUAAAGACUAACAAAAUUAUACGAGCCCGUAGAGGUGAGUGAAAUUUGUGGUCUUUGAAAAAAAUUUAUGCUUGUUUAUUCCAAAUUGCAAGAGAAAAAUCAUGUGAUUACGUGUUAAUAAUAUACAUGGAAAAAUACGAGAUGGCUUAUCAUAAUUAAGCAUAAGCAAAGCGCGCGCAUCAAGUGCAAAAAUAAUUUAUUCAAAUCGUGCGUUCGGUCAAAACAACCGCGUACGAUCAAAGCAAAUAAAUAUGCAAUGAUAUCUUCACAUCUUUAAGGCGUAAAAAAGUUCACCAAUCACUCGUUCGGUCGCGUUUCCUGGCAGUUUUUCUGUUUUUGUUUGAAUUGGUGAUAUGAUCCUAGGGGUUAAUGGGUUAAUUCUCGUUAGCAACUUUCCCUAUGUGAUAUUUUUAAAUCAAUGUCAGUAUCUGUGCAACUGCGCAGCUACCCCUCCCUUAACCCAACAUUAACCGUUGACCAUUGUUGGAUAAGGGGAGGGAUAAGUGCGCAGCUGCUUAGAUACUGAAACUGUUCCAUACUGAUAUCGACUCUGAACUCUCCUUGAGUCGUUACUUUUAAGGUCAUAAUUUGCAUCCUUGAGCAACUGGCUUCGUGUACGCUUUCACCUAUAUCUUUCUCUUUUCCUCAGAUAAAUCUUUUUUUUUGUAAUUUCUCCAAAGUUAAAGCGGAUAAUUUGUACACCAAAAUUGUGCAACAAAAAUAUAGGUCACCGUGCUUGUUCAAGAGCAAAAGAACUUCGUGCCUGUUUACCUCGUCUAUAGAUUGAAAAACAAUACCAUCUUCUCGGAAUGCGCGCGUGCUAAUUCGCCUGAUCACGUCAUUUCUAUGCGCAGUACAGGAUGCGCAGUACAGGAUGCGCAGUACAGGAUGCGCAGUACAGGAUGCGCAGUACAGGAUGCACAGUGCAGGAAGCGCAGUGCUGUACCGAGGAAUUACCUUAAAGAACAUGUUCAACAUUUUGAAAUGGAUUGCUUUCUUUUCCAUCUUUUUUCUUUUUUUUUUUACACAGCUCGGCUUCAAGAGACGAAAGUCCACUGGUUUUGUAGACAUCAGCGAGGUCUACACUUCUGGUCGGUACUUUGUGGGACCUGACUACACCUUCAAGGUUUUCCCAGCUGAUGCUCAUUUUGUCGAGCUUAACGAGAUUUCUGUGUGGACUGGGGACAAAAUCGAAAUCAAAAUCAGUUGCAAUUUUCAAUAUUUUCUGAGAAAGGAUUUUCUGCCAGAUUUACACGAAGCCUACAAUGUCGACUACAAGCCUGUGGUCAGGGGAACGGCUAUUGACGCCAUAAAAGGGCGCGCUGCAGAUUUACCGAUCGACGACUACAUAAGGUUUGUAAAUAUUUGCCUAUGGAGAAUCGUGGCUAACAACCAAGAUGUGGAGGGGGUCAAGAGUGCAUGUGACCCCUUCGCCGUCGAGUGCUGAAUCAUAAAAAUAUAAAAAAACUUGAGACAUGCCUCUAAAUUGUGGCUUGAUGCACUACUUAGAAAUUAGUUUCAACGGCCAAGCAGUUACACGGUAGGAACUGGGUACUAGAUUAUUUAGAAAUCCUACUCAAUCGUGCAGUAUCUCCAUUAGAAGUCAAGCUCGGUUUUGCGAAAUUUGCCAUAUACUCUUCUUGCAAUAUGUUCAGGUAUGUUAUUUUUCCCACAUCAGCCAAACUUAGCCUUAGCACUAAUAGUUACGGAUCCAUGCACCCGCUUUUUCCACGACAAAUACAUAAUAGGCGUAGCGACAAAGAUCCGGGGCUCCUGUAAUCUUCCUCCUUGUCGGGCAAAAAAGAGAUCAUUUAGUUACUUUCUUAUUUCUUCUGAUUUGUAACCAAUCAGGAACCGAGAAAAUAUCGAAAAGGAACUAUUCAAAGCUCUUGCCAAGCGUGUAGAUGGCUGCUGCAGGGAAACUUGUCCUACCGACGAAGAGGAGAUGCCCGCUUGUGGCUACUGUAUUAAAAAUUCCUUGUGUAAGGAUGACGAAAGAGGAAUGUUCGUGGAAGUCAGAUACUUCCAGCUAUUGGCGGUCGAUGUGCAUGAAGAUGUGAAAAGUCGGUAUCUCCGUCAAGUCACAGAGGCAGCUGAAGAAGAACGUGCCCAAUUUGAAUUGCGGGAAAAGGUAAACCUUGCAAACUUUCUCGUUGUUGUAAAAGUUACAUUGUUGCUGACGUUGCGUUGGCGGAGAAGGUAAUGAUUUACCUUCUCACCCCUUAAGAUCUUAAUUUGAAUUAUCUCCACCGUCUACCACACAUUACUCAUGAUUUUAGCUCUGAGAAUUUGGAGAUUAAUUGAUCAGCGCUCCCAAACUGAUGUUUCUCUUUUCUUCUCAUCAUUUUCCUGCUAAACAGAAUCGUAAUGAUGCAAGCAAAUUAAUCUUUUGUCACUCUUGGGAGCGAUACCAUUCCUAAGCCAAACAAUACUUAUGCUAAACAGAAUAAGAAAGAUGGUCUGAGGUUCUUUUUGAACUCGGUAAAGAAAUAGAGAAAGAUGCCUUUUCGUCUUAUCACGAGCGCAGGACAAAGAGAGGGCUAAACUACUAACUUUUCCAUUUUCCAAUGAAGGUUGUUAGAAAGGAAACCGAGAGGAUUAAGAACAAGAUCUACAACGAAGCUCGAGAGAUUGCUCAGAAUGCGAGCGCCAAAGCCGUUGUUAUCGACGCUGAGGCAAAAGCGAAAGCUCUACGAGUGGUAGAAGAAGCGAGAUCGGAAGGCCUCAAGAGCCUGUACUCAGAACUAGGGAUAACUACUGACGAGGAGAAAGCUGCUUUUAACUACCUACGAUCAUUACGACAAAACAAAAACGUCAAACUUAACGUCGGCUACAAAUCCCUCGCUCAAUUCCAAAAUUAAAACCCACUAACAAUGAGUCGCUGACAUUGCCAGAAUGUUUUGCUUUUGCAGCCGGAAGCCCGGCUUAGGCUGAC